AUGGAUUCCAUCUCUUCGCCUCUAUCACUUUAUCCAGGAAGAGCAUCUGAUACUCGGUUGAAGCUGGCAGCGGGAGAAGCAUGUCCAGGUAGUGGUGGCGGCGGUAGCGGUGCAUUGAACUGGAAGGCGUUUGGGUAUGAGUGGGAUCAGAAGGAAGAACUUGGGCAGAAGGGAACACUGAAGGCUAAUGACCAGGCUUGCGCCAUAGUUGAGCCGAUAAGUCCCCGGCGCUUCGGUGCUGUCACCGUGAACGGCAGCGAAGGCACUGAUUUGUUCUGGUUGCGCGAACUCUUCAUCAAAGUCCUCCAUUUCCACACACCGCAGCGGCCCACCGAGGAACGCAUCCUCCAUCUCAAGGAAACCCCUCCUCAGAAGGGCGCCGACUGCAACGCAGCAAACAUUCUUCCAAACUGUCACCGCGACUUGAUCCAAGUGCGCGAGCUCUUCACAAAAGUCCUGCACUCUCAGACACCGUGGCUGGCCAUCGACGAACGCCUCCUCUCCCUGAAGGGACACCCUCGAACCCAUCCGAACGGUCACCGCGAAUUGUCCGAUUUGCGCGAACUUUUCACCAAACUCCCGACGCAGCAAACACAUUCACUCGAGCGGUCACCGCGCAGUGAUCCGGUUAUGCGAACUCUUCACGGAGAGUACGAGGAGGGCCACAAGAAGCUAGAGUCUGAGCUGGAGGCCGUGAAGACCAAGGUGAAGAAGAGCGCAGGCGGCAAUCAACAUUACAUUAUGACUCAGCACCACGGCAUCGUGAGUCGCACAGCAGGUCUCGAGAAGAAGCAAAAACAGGCCAUCGACGAGCGCAUCCUUCGUCUAAAGGAAGGCCCUCCUAGGAACCGACAGCGAGGCUAG